GCGCCGGCCCCCAGCCCGUCAGGCGCGCGCCCUGGGUCCCUCGAGCCGGUGACCCGACACUGGCGCCGCGACGGACCCUCCGUGCCGGACCCUGCGGGACUUCAGCCUUGACAGCGCAGCCCAGGCUCCUCCGCGGGGCGGCGCGCGGGCUCCUGGGAAAUGUAGUCCGGCGCCGCGUCCCCCUCAGCCGGGACCGCCGACACCUGGAGGCCGGCGGAGAUGACCGGCUUAUGUACUCACAGAAUGGCAGUUAUUGACCUAUCCUCCACAUGGGCUUUGCCUAAACAGGACUCUGCAUAUUUCCAUCUGAGAAAUGCUGAAGAGGAAAGGACGAUUGCUGUAUUUCUGACAACCUGGUUACAGGAACCAAUGACCUUCGAAGAUGUAGCUGUAGAGUUCACUCAGGAAGAGUGGAUAAUGCUGGAUUCUGCUCAAAGAAGUCUAUACAAAGAUGUGAUGUUGGAAAACUAUCGAAAUCUCACCUCUGUGGAAUAUCAGUUGUGCAGGCUUACUGUGAUCUCCCCAUUGCAUCAAGAAGAGAUAAGGAAUAUGGAAAAGAGAAAUCCCCAAGGCAUCUGUCCAGAUGAGAAGAUUCAACCUAAAACCAAAGAGUCAACUAUGCAGAAUAUUUUGGUAGAGGAACCAUUCAAUGCAGUGAACAUAAAAUUUGCAAUGGAUAAUUGGUCCUACACAUUAAGAGAUAACUGGGAGUGCCAUAAGAUCAGAAAACAGUGUAAGGUUCCUGGGGGACAUUGGAGGCACGUGACAUAUGCCCCAAAGGAAACAGUAUCUCAGGAGCUGUUCUGUGGCUAUUAUGAAUUAGAGGAAAACUCUAAACAUAGAUCAAAACUUAUUUUUUCACCGAGCAUUUUCACCAGUAAACAUUGUCAAAACUGUUACUCAGAGAUUGGAUGUUCGAAAUACAAUUCAAUCAUAAACAAUUAUGUGAAAAACUCUGUAAGUGAGAAGCUCUAUGAGAGUCAUGAAUAUGAUACAAAGCUAUGGCAUCUUCAGAGAAAUCAAACAGUACAAAAACAGUGCAUAUAUUCUAAACAUAGAAUGCACUUCAAGCAUUAUAUGUUUACUAUACCUAACAAUUUGCAUGUGGCACAGAAUUCUUGUGAAUGUAAUGAAAACAAAACCCUGUGUUAUCAAUCAUCCCUUAAGAAACAAGGACAGACUCAUACAGAAAAGAAACAUGAAUGUAAUCAAUGUGGAAAAGCCUUCAAAAGGAUUUCUAAUCUUAUUUUACACCAGAAAAGUCACAUGGGUGAGAAACAAUAUGAAUGUAAAGAAUGCAGUAAAGUGUUCAGUGAUUCCUCAACUUUAAGGAGACAUUUAAGAACUCACACUGGAGAGAAACCCUAUGAAUGUAAUCAGUGUGGAAAAGCUUUCAGUCAAAAAACAUCCCUUAAUGCUCAUGUGAGAACUCACACUGGAGAGAAACCUUAUGAAUGUAAUCAGUGUGGAAAGUCCUUUGGCACAAGCUCCUACCUUAUAGUGCACAAGAGAAUACACACUGGAGAAAAACUCUAUGAAUGCAGUGAGUGUGGAAAAGCCUUCAACACGAGCUCUCACCUUAAAGUUCAUAAGAAAAUUCACACUGGAGAGAAUCUUUAUAAAUGCAGUGACUGUGGGAAAGUUUUCAGUGGACUCUCAUCCCUUAGAAUGCACGUAAGAACUCACACCGGAGAGAAACCCUAUGAAUGUAAGGAAUGUAGGAAAGCCUUCAGUGUUUCAUCUUCCCUUAGGAGACAUGUGAGAGUUCACACUGGAGAGAAACCCUAUGAAUGUAUUCAGUGUGGAAAAGCAUUUAGUCAGAGCUCUUCACUUAUUAUACACAAGAGAAUUCAUACUGGGAGAGAAAUCCUAUAA